CCCAGACCCAGAGCCCUGCACUUGCGGGCUCAGACCAGCUGCCAAGCUUUUGGCUAAAAGGGGCACUGCCAGGUGCACAGCCCUGGGCAUGAGCCUUUCGAGCUGCAGGGGAAAGCCCAGCACUGGUCCCAGGAAAGGUGCCUAGGAGAACACAACACAGAACCCCCGGGUGAGAACAGUCACUAGCCUGGCUCCUCAGGCCCGUAUUCCGUUAGCCGAGCACACCUGGCCCUGGAGGACCUCACCAGGGAGGACCGGCCCACAGAGAUGGAGCCUGGACGUGGAAGCCCUUCUGUGCUGCCCCUCUGGCCCCGGCCUAGGCGGCAGCCUGCCCUGUGGCCUACCCUGGCCGCUCUGGCCCUGCUGAGCAGCAUCGCCGAGGGCGAGGCCUCCCUGGGCCCCGCGCCCAGCAGCCCGGUCCCCCGAGAAGGCCCCGCGCCGGCCCCGGCGCCCCCCGCGGGUCCCCUGCCUGGGGGCCGCGCGGCAGGUCUGUGCGGCGGAAGAGCCCGGCGGCUGCCGCCCCCGCCGCCCGCGCCCUCGCCCUCGCCCGCUGCCCCCCGAGGGCCCCGCGCUGCGCGGGCUGGGGGCCGGGGCGGCCGCGGGAGCCGGGGGAGCCGCGCGCGGGCCGCGGGGGCGCGGGGCUGCCGCCUGCGCUCUCAGCUGGUGCCGGUGCGCGCGCUCGGCUUGGGCCACCACUCCGACGAGCUGGUGCGUUUCCGCUUCUGCAGCGGCUCCUGCCGCCGCGCGCGCUCCCCGCAUGACCUCAGUCUGGCCAGCCUGCUGGGCGCCGGGGCCCUGCGGCCGCCCCCCGGCUCGCGGCCCGUCAGCCAGCCCUGCUGCCGACCCACGCGCUACGAGGCCGUCUCCUUCAUGGACGUCAACAGCACCUGGAGGACCGUGGACCGCCUCUCGGCCACUGCCUGCGGCUGUCUGGGCUGAGGGCUCACUCCGAGGGUGUGCAGACGCACCCUUACCUGUGGGUCUAACUGCCUGGGACCGGCCAGGGGCCUUGGCCGGAGACGGAGGCUUCAGCCGGGUGAGUGACGGACAUCAGCCCUGCGGAGACAGAGGCACGACUGACCAGCGGCCCCAGGGCUCUCACCCUGCCGGCCUCAGCCCCGCAGACCCCAGAAACCUCAGCUGUGGAGACCCGAGGACCCACUGCGCACAGACGCUGGCAGUGACCAGGCCAUGGACCCAGGACUCCUCCUCUGGAGAACCCAGAUGUGUCAGGUCGCAGCCUCAGCCCAGGCCUGGGGGGACAGAUCUGGAGACACAUUGCAGUUGUGUUGCUGAAGUGCCUGUGCUGGAGUGGGCCUUGGACUCACUCGUGGGAGCUGGACCCCUAUUUAUUACUUCUAAGUUAUUUAUUUA